AUGCAGAAGUUAGUACUUAUCGGUGUCCUGUUGGCGGUAGCCCAGGCCGCUCCGGAUGGCGGACCUCGUGUGACGGGUGGUGCGCUAACCGUCCCGGGCCAGUUCCCGUCGGCGGUCAUCAUCGAGACGCCGUACAUCGCGCAGAACUGCAUGGGCACGGUGGUGAACCGGCAGCACGUGCUGACGGCGGCCAGCUGCGUCAUGAAUCCGACCACGUUCGCCAUGAUCAACCCGUUCUGGCUGCGGGUGAUUGCCGGUGACAUCAACAUCGUGCAGCCGACGAUUCGGCGCGAGGUGCGUAACGUCUCCCGGAGCUACGUGCACCCGAACUACAACCGGCUGACGGACGGCAACAACCUGGCGGUGCUGCGCGUCGAUCUGCCGUUCUCGGAGUUCCACAACACGAUCGAGCCGGCGCUGAUGAACGAGCGGCUGCUGCCCGACAACACGCAGUGUGAGUUCGCAGGCUGGGGUGCCACCGCCAAUCAGGUGACGGCCGCCGUCCGCCCGGCUCAGUACGUCAUCACGCAGCCGCUCCUGACGACGGCCCAGUGUAAUGCCGCCAACGUGCACAACAAUCGCGUCCAGCAGACCAUGGUCUGUGCCGGUGCGCUCGCCCAGAACCCGAACGCGGUGUGCCUAGGCAACAUGGGUGGUGGACUGUACUGCAACGGACGGUUGACCGGUGUGCUGGCGUUCGGAAUGGGCUGCGGUGUCGCUAACCAACCUGGCGUCUACAUGGACGUGCGACAGUACGCCCAGUGGAUCCAGCAGCAGUUCACGCGCACGGACAACCCGCCACCGGGCUGGGUUCCUCCGCAGCCACUGUAA